AUGCGCCUCCGCAGACCUGGGAGGACCCCCCCAGCCCCACGACGGCGGCCGCAGGUAGGGCCCGGGCUGGCGGGGCUGGGAAAGCCGGCUCGCCGCCGCUGUUGCCGCGGUACUAGAAGAGCGCCGAGCGCAAGCGCUCCGCGCAGCCUAGGGGCGCAGCGGGCCGAGUCCCCGCCUGCCCGCUCGCCCCCCGGGGGCGGCCUCGUCACCUCCGCCGCCGGUACCUGCUCGCGCAGCCGGUGCCGCCGCCGCCCGCCGGCCGCGCCUCGCUGGCAGCCUCACAGGUCCCUCUCACCCACUGCGCCGCCGUCGCACCGUGCCCUCCCCCUUUGUGGGCUCUCUGGUUCUCAAACCCAGGUCGACCCACUCCUCCCGCCCACUGGCCCGCCGCAGGUCCCACCAUUGGCCCGCGGCACUUGUCCGUUUCCUGGGAGAGUUCAGCUCCUCCCGGCAGGAAAAGGCUCUGGCCUCAUUGGAUCAUUUUACAGUUGGAUUCUCCCUCUCGGAGCUGGCUCUGCCUUAGUCCAACCUAGAGGGAUCAGCUUCGCCCACGCCCACUCUCACCCCGAAACCUUUCAUCUGCUAUUGAAGCCUUUUAGGCCCAUUGAGAUGUUCAUUAGAAGAACUCUGAAAACUACGGUUCUCCCCUUUAGGAAGACUGCACCACAGCUCGCCCUCUCCUGGGUUCCGGAAAACCUCAGUUCAGAAAAGCAAUAAACUAUGAGGGGCUGUUUAGAAUGUCGCAUCUCUGGAGAGCAAGUUGCAUUUUAACAAUGAUCAGAGCCUUUAAUUAAGGCGUGA